AAGGAGCGAGACCGAGGAAGAGGAGGCAGCGCUUCCCAUCACUCCAGGCUGCCCUUCAGCAUCCCCAAAGCCGCGCAGCCUUCCCUGCAGUGACCUCGGUUUUGGGGCUGGGGGGGGGGGGGAGGCACAGCACACUCCUGACCCGCCAACAACGAAGAGCCCCGCGCGGAGGAACGACCCCUAGGAGGAGACUCCGGCGGCGGACGACGACGACGAAAAAGAGCGCCGGCGAGCGAACAAAGAAGGCGCCACGAGCAGAUGCGAGGAAAGCCUCCGCUGUGAAAUAUCAUCCAGGGAUGGCAAGAAGUCGGAGAGACUGAGGAGCAGGACACCAAAGAUCCGGUCUGCACCCAAAAUUGCCAGCGCUGAGCAAUGAGGAAGAGGGAGAGGACGUGCUCGUCCAAUCAGCGAGGCCGGCACCCACUAAGGACAUGAGGACCGGGCAAUCAGGACCCAUUUAAAACCUAGAACAGCCUACUCCUGACACAAGAUUGUGACGUUCAAAUGCUGUCCUCUAGAAGUAAAUGUCAAACGGCGAGCGCCUCUUGCCGACUUUCUCCCAUGGAUACCCUAGCGGCGUCCCCUCGGAACCCGAGGGCCGAACCGGGACAGCCAAGACAAGGCAGGACUUCUUGGUCUGAGCUUUUCGGCUGGAUCGCCCUGCUGUCCGUUUUGGGGUUGCCUACGGUGGCGGCCGAUUGCUGGCUCAUCGAGGGAGAGAAAGGCUUCGUGUGGUUGGCCAUCUGCAGCAUGAACCAGCCGCCCUUCGAGGCCAUACCCUCGCACAUCAACAGCACCAUCGUGGACCUGAGGCUGAAUGAGAACAAGAUCCGCUCCGUCCACUAUUCCUCUCUCAGUCGCUUCGGCAACCUCACCUAUCUGAACCUCACCAAGAACGACAUCAGCUACGUGGAGGACGGAGCUUUCUCGGCGCAGUUCAAUCUGCAGGUUCUCCAGAUGGGCUUCAACAAACUGAGGAACCUGACGGAGGGAAUGCUGCGAGGGCUGGGCAAGCUGCAGUACCUCUACCUGCAAGCCAACCUCAUCGAGACGGUCACGCCCAACACCUUCUGGGAGUGCCCCAACAUCGAGAACGUUGACCUCUCCAUGAACAGGAUCCAGGUGCUGGACGGCAGUUUGUUCUCUGGACUUUCCAAGCUGACCACCUGCGAACUUUACACCAACCCCUUCAACUGCUCCUGCGAGCUGCUGGGCUUUCUGCGCUGGCUCGGUGCCUUCCCGAACAGGACCAGCGAGAGGAUGGUGUGCGACUCCCCUCAAGGGUUCUCGGGGUACAACCUCCUGAGCCAAAACCCCCGCAUGCCGGCGCAACGCAACGCCCUGCACGUGCUCAGCCUGGUGUGCACGGACGUCGGCGGUAACGCCACCUCUUUUUACAACGGCCUGCUGGAUGCCACCACCCUGACCCCGGACUUUUCCCCCUGCGGACUCGACGACUGCGCUUCGGGCACGCCCCCCGACGAGGUGAUCUAUCACACCAUAUUCACGGAAACCAACCCUGUCAUGACGCUGAAGGAGGUGCAGCACUCCAGAGCUGUGAUUACGGUGGAGAUCCCUCAUCCGUACAGGAAAAUGUACAUCCUGAUGCUUUACAACAACAGCUUCUUCACAGACAUCCAGAAGCUGAAGAAUCAGAUAGAAGACGUCGUGGUGCAGGACUUGAAACCCAACACGGACUACACGUACUGCGUGGCCUCCAUACGCAACUCUUUACGCUUCAAUCACACGUGUCUGACCCUCUCCACCGGCCGCCGCGGAGGACCAGAAAGGGUCGCCAAUCAGUCGUCAGCGACACACUACAUUAUGACUAUUCUGGGAUGCUUGUUCGGAAUGCUGCUCUUCCUCGGACUUGUUGUCCACUGCCUGAGGCGGAGGAGGAUCAUGGAGGAAAAGGAGCGCAAGAUGAGCAGGAUCCAAAGGACUCUGAUAGAGCUCAAGUACGGUGGAGAUGGGGAUAUCGAAGAAGGGAGUGGCGGUCCUGUUUCUCAGAAACUUUCCAGCGGGGACAGUCUGUCCAGGAUGCCAUACCUACCUCACGGUGCUGACAUAGAUCCAUACCAGCUGCAGGAGGUAGUGGAAACGCCGCCUCACAAGCCCGCUAAGCUCAACUACAUGGAAGUCCGUGGGUCCGGUAUUGAGCGGGAGCGGGAGAUGUCGCCGCAAGCCAACCCCCAGGGAUCCGUUGCCGAGAUCUCCACCAUCGCUAAAGAAGUGGAUAAAGUCAAUCAGAUCAUCAACAACUGCAUCGACGCGCUCAAGUCUGAAUCUACCUCCUUUCAACAGGGCAUCAAAUCCCCGUCUUCGGCAGGCGGAGGGGCCGUGUCCACAGCAGAGCCACAGCUGGUGCUCCUCUCCGAGCAAGGAGAACGAGGAGACAGAGGAGAGUUCCUCUCGCCGGUCUACAAGGGUGGAAGAGGCGGCCGAGGCUACCAUCACUCACUGCAGCGACACCACAGCAUGGAGGCCCCGGUCUCCAAGAGGCCCAGCACAUCCUCGUCUCCUGGUUCUACCCGGAGCCCUCGCUCCUUCCACUCCGAGGGAGCCUAUCACGCCUCAGACACUCACUACAUCGAGAGAACUUCCCCUGGAGACAGAGGAGACAGGGGCGGCGAAGAGACCAUCCGCACCGUCAACCCGGCAGCGGCUAUUCUACGGGCCGAGGCCCAGAGGAUCCGCCAGUACCACGAGCACCGCCACUCCUACCCCGGCUCCCAGCAGCACCUCCAAGAACUGCAGCAUCACCCUCAGAUCAUGCAGGAGCUCCACUACCACCCCGGCGGCCGCAAGCCCUCCACGUUGGACCCCCUCACGCUCAGCCGGCAGGCCAAGCAGCGGGAGCUGGCCUACUCGCAGCUGGCGCCGCACUACGCUCUGGCGCCGCAGUACCACAACCUCAGCUACUGCUCCAGCCCCGAGGAGGACGAGGAGGAGGAAGAGGAAGGGCUACUAUGCACCCCGACCCUCGGACUGUGGGAGCGCUUCAAACUGCACCGCAAGAGGCACCGGCAGGCGUCCAUGGAGGACGAGGGCUACGUGGCGGCCGGGCACGCGCUGCGGCGGAAGGUUCAGUUCGCUAAAGACGAGGAUCUCCACGACAUUUUGGACUACUGGAAGGGGGUGUCGGCCCAGCAGAAGGCCUGAGGGAAAACAACACUGUGGGCACGCACAGACCUGUAAAUACACGCAAACACAACGACCAGGAAGGGACGGAAUCAACACACGCGUCUUUCAAAGCCUUCUCACAAACACGGAGGACCAAAGUGGAGUUAUAUCCAACCACGGAAAUCGUAACUUGUAGUGAUCUGUUUUCUAAUCUAAUGGAACUCGCAGCUCUUACUUAUGUAGCUCUUUGUAUGUUUCCGUCCCGGGCGGGACAAAGCUAGCGGGCAAACACGUCCUGGAGUUUGACUUCGCUUAGACAGGAAGGGACAGACUUGGCUUUUACACUCAGUGAGAGGAAGGACAUUUUCAGGAUGGGUCGCUCGGCAACGCCAACGCUCCUUUUCCACGGCACUACUCAUUAGUGACGCGGUUCCACGCAUACUUGCCAACCCUACCGAUUUUUCCGGGAGACUCCCGAAUUUCAGUGCCCCUCCCGAAAAUUCUCCCAUGGUCAACCGUUCUUUCCGAAUUUCUUCCGAUUUCCACCCGGAAAACAAUAUUGGGGGCGUGCCUUAGAGGCACUGCCGCUUUUCCUCCGUACAAACCCACACCAAACAAGAAUGACAAACACAUUUCGGGAGAACGUCCGCACCGUAACACAACAUAAACACGACAGAAAAAAUACCCAGAACACCUUGCAGCACGAACUCUUCCGGGACGCUACAAUAUACACCCCCGCCCCCCCCCUACUCAUCCCGGAGGUCUCAAGGUUGGCAAGUAUGGUUCCACGGGCUAACCCAAGUACCAUCGGGUACUACCAGGUACUGUUUCUAGGCACGCUGCAGCUUGGUCACGCAUAGCCCGCUUCAUCGUAUCCCGUGGCAAAAAAAUCUGCACACCUGCAUUUUUACACUCCCACCUCUUCCCUUAAAUCAAACACCAGAGACUAAGGAUGUGAGGAUUUUAAAGAUAAACUAGGCCCGAGGGUUAAAUUAAAAUGCUCAUUAAACUGUGAUUGAUAACCGCACUUUAAAGUCCUACUGAAGUGAGAAUUUCUUAUUUAAACGGGGAUAGCAGGUACCUUCUAUGUGUCAUACUUGAUCAUUUCGCUGAAGGACUAGAGAAAAAAAAAAAGACAGGGGCAGUGGGAACGAUUCAGAUUUUAUUAGACACAUCUACUAGGAUAAUUCUGGAAAAUCCCUUAUCUGCUUAUUGUUACUAGUGUUUUAGUGAGAUUAUAUGGUCGUACCUGAAAGUCGGAGGGGUGUGGUGACCGCCAGUGUCUUCGAUGGAAGCCACGUUUCUUGACGAGGGGGGGGGAAGGCAGCCGGGCUGAGAUUUUUUUCCCCCCCCUCCUCCACGGUGUAAGCAUCCGACGGUCGGGGGCGGCCGGUGGGAGGAGGCAAGAGAGUCCGCAGCUGCAGGAGGCACAACGCAAGCUCUCCGCUCAUAACUACGGUAAUAGCCGACUUAAUACCUCCAUUUUCUCACGGAAACCUGCCGGUUGACAUGUGGUAAGGGAACCAUGUUCGCUUGACCGCUCUGUUCCAUAGUAAAGCUUCACCGUCAGCUUUCGGGAACGUAAACAAGGAAACACCGGCUGUGUUUGUGUUGCUAAAGGCGGCCGCAAUACACCGCUUCCCACCUACAGCUUUCUUCUUUGACCUCUCCUUUAUUCAUUGAACAAAUUGCAAAAGUUUCAGAAACACGGAUGUCCAGAAUACUGUGUAAUUAUAAGAUUAAAGCAGACGACUUAUAGCUAGGAUCCGUGCUGGAUCAAAAUGUCCGCUACAAUCCGUGACGUCACGCGCAAUCAUACGCGACGUUUUCAACAGGAUACCUUGCGCGAAAUUUAAAAUUGCAAUUUAGUAAACUAAAAAGGCCGUAUUGGCAUGUGUUGCAAUGUUUAUAUUUCAUCAUUGAUAUAUAAACUAUCAGACUGCGUGGUCGGUAGUAGUGGGUUUCAGUAGGCCUUUAAAAGGGGAACUGCGCUUUUUCUGAAAUUUUGCCCAUCGUCCACAAUCAUUAUGAGGGACAGGAACACAUAUCUCUUUUUUUAGGAUUUCAAAUAUGAUAAAAAACACAAAUAGGAGUCACUGUUGUAGCCUUUAAACAACUUCAAAACCUUCCAUCGACGUUGUAUAUACACACUACAGUAUAUAAUGCAGUAACAUGCAUCUUCAUAACAAUAUGUAAUAUAGACGACUAUUUUUGGACGGAUGAGGAUUCACAACUUUAUCUUUUUUGAAGCUGAAUAUAUGGAGGAUGAGGUAGUUUUUUAGAAGCAAGCGCGAGGAAGAUGGUGAGACAUUAGAGCAGACGGAAGCCGAGUGAGUGAGGUGGAAGUGGCUCGAAGCUGUAAAUGUGGAACUUGAAGCCAAAAUGGAGUAAUUACCCAAAUAAACCGGAAAAAGUGGGUGAGUCACUUUAAUAUUGAUUAUGAUAAACACAGCACAUUAUGUGUGUUACUUUAACUACAGUACAUACACUCUCUGGCUAGCUGUGUACACGCAAAACACGAAAUAACACUUUACAGAUAAUUUUACAGUUUUUCAGUCGGUGUAGAUCGCAGUGUUGUACAUUACACACGCAAACGUGUUGACAUAGAAGCUAGCUUAUCUCUUGCCGUACUUAGCUUUUAGGGCUAAUAACGUAGCAUGGCGAUGUGUUAGUACGCGAGAAAAAUUAGUUCCUCAGUGUUUGCUCUUACAAAAACAAUCAUGCUACAGUUUGGUUGUUAUACAGGUUACGGAACGUGAAUGAAGUACUGUUGACGUUUUUUGAAUACAGUUUUGAAGUGAUUUAUUGGUAGAAUUAACUGUUAAGAUUAGCUACAUGGCUAGCCACCUAGAACGAGCCGAUUUUUACAUGCUAGAAAGCGAAAACAAAACAAAAAAACAACCUUCUUGUCUCCCAUGAUUAUUGUGAACGAUAGGUAAAAUUCCCAAAAAGUGCAUAACCCGGCGAUCUCAUUGAUUGAAACUUGUAUUAUUAGAUUGCACAGUACAGUACAUAUUCCGUACAAUUGACCACUAAAUGGUAACACCCCAAUAAGUUUUUCAACUUGUUUAAGUCGGGGUCCACGUUAAUCAAUUCAUGGUAAAUCCAUUUACUGAACAGGCGCGCUAAUCGCUAGCUAGUUGAAAUGCUAACAUGAAUACAAGAGAUAUCAACCUAUUUCCCGAAUACAAACAACAUACCGUAUUUCCUUGAAUUGCAGCCGGGGCGCUAAUUAAUUUAAAUCCUUUUCUCACUCCGGCGCUUACCAAAGGCAUGCGGUAAAUUUAGGCCUGCGCUUAUAAAUUUGAGUGUGAUGUAAGGAUACCAUCAUGAAAAGCACAUUAAAUAAAAAAAAAACGUUAUUAUGGUCUUACCUUUACUUAUAAAUGAAGUCCAUGCGCAGCUCCUUCUGAUCAAAAGCAUCGAUGACUUGUUUAUAGAAGUCUUCCUUAUCUUUCUUCAGUUUUAAAAGUCUGUCUCGAUGGAGAUCUUCCUUUAUUACCUCCUGCUUCGAUUGAAAGUCCAGUUUAGAAAACGGUUUUAUUUUAGAUAUGUAAUCCUCCAUGUUAAAAGUGCAAGCGAGAGGAAAAAAAAUAAACUUCUUCUGUAGUCGCAAGAAGGAUCACUAGCGCCCUCUACCAUCAGGAGGCGGGAGUCAUUUAAUGACUCAUAUUUGACACACGCAGCUAUGGUAUAUUAAUAAAACAUAGCUGCUGAGUGUUCUUUUUAGCAUAUUCAAUAUCUUGGACCUUAGAUCCUACUGAAUAGAUCUUAAUCUUCUUCCCUUUAUGCGAUUUCAAAUUUUUGAAAAUGACGACAGGUAAAGUAUGCGCUAAUUAUUUUGCGAAACGAGUUUGACCCGGCAGUAAUUCUAGCCAGGCGCAUACUAUAUACCCGGCGGCAAUUCAAGGAAAUACGGUACCAUAAUCUAAUCUUGUAUAUGGUUCUACAGCAGGAAGUGGACCCGCAUUACUAGGGCCCGAUUUAGUCAUCUGGGGGCCCAGGGCAAAACUAGUCACUGGGUCCUCCUCACAUCACAAAAAAACAAAAACAUGGUAAUUUCGCACAGUUAGCAACUACGAUGCUAGCGCAAUGAUUAUCACAGAUCCCAACGCUUUUACCGUAAUUGACAGGAAAACGAUCGACAUCUAACAAAGUUAAAAAAAAAUUCCAGAGAUCAUUAUUUUUCUAGUGCAGUUGGAUGGAAUGUAACGCGUAGCGCUAAGGCUGGGUGCCGUUCACAUUUGAACUAAAAACGGUACCAAUUCCCGCCCUGCGUUGAGGUGGCGACUUGUCCAGGGUGUACGACGCCUUCCGCCCGAAUGCAGCUGAGAUAGGCUCCAACAACCCCCCGCAACUUGAACGGGACAAGCGGUAGAAAAUGCAUGGAUGGAUGGUACCAAUUCCUGAUACCUGGGAAUUCAUACCAGUACUCAAUGAUACCAAAUUUUUGGUAAUUUUGCGUGUGUUAAUGAAUAUUAAUAAUUUUGUAUUUUUUUUUAUUGCAACAUUUAAUAAUAACCUGAUUAUGCUAACUGCUUUCCAGAUGUUAUAUAUUUUUUUAUUACACAUUAUCUUUUUAAGUACAACUUUAAGUUACAAUUACAGUUACAAGUCCAAGACGUUAGUGUAGUGUUCAGUCUUUGCUCAAUCUCGUCUUUUGUUGCGCCAUAAAAAGUGUUGACACUGUAAGUAUUGUCCUUAUUACGCACCAGCUGUUUGAUUAUAACGCGGAUCGUAGUUGUAGUUUUCAUUCACAGAUUUGGAGGUUAAUGGUGAAGUGAAGUGAAGUGAAUUAUAUUUAUAUAGCGCUUUUUCUCUUGUGACUCAAAGCGCUUUACAUAGUGAAACCCAAUAUCUAAGUUACAUUCAAACCAGUGUGGGUGACACUGGGAGCAGGUGGGUAAAGUGUCUUGCCCAAGGACACAACGGCAGUGACUAGGAUGGUGGAAGCGGGAAUCGAACCUGCAACCCUCAAGUUGCUGGCACAGCCACUCUACCAACCGAGCUAAACCGCCCCGUGGUAAAUAGUUCAUAUUUGUAUAGCGCUUUUCUACAUUUUUAAGGAACGCUUCGACACUAUUUCCACAUUCACCCAUUCAUACACUGAUGGCGGGAGCUGCCAUGCAAAGCGCUAACCAGGCCCCAUCAGGAGCAAGGGUGAAGUGUCUUGCUCAAGGACACAACGGACAUGACUAGGAUGGUAGAAGGUGGGGAUUGAACCAGGAACCCUCAGGUUGCUGGCACAGACACUCUCACAACCGCGCCCCGCCGUCCCAGAUAUUGAAAUCGCUAUGCAAAAUCGCUAAUGCUAAUUCUUAGCAUGUCAAUAGCAGAGCUAAUGUAUAUUAGCAUCAGGCUAACACAAUUUUUUGGGAAAAGUGGAGCCUGACUUUACUUAGGUUGGAGUGUUUUUUUUGGAGUCGGUUUCUUUGUUGGCAUUGAAAAUUGCAACAUUUGGCCGAGUGAUCGCCAAAACGUGAAGAGCUGGCAAAGUCCGGUGCUUCCCAUUUUCAGUAACAUGGCACCGUUGAGGUUUUACGGGAAUCGGUGCCAACAAAGUACGGGAUUCGGUAUUCACCCCUGCGUUGCGCUAUUACGGUGAAGGUGGGAAGUGUGUGACUGGUGGAAAAAAGAGAGCAUAUGACAAUGGCUGUGACAAGUCGUAGGGACCUGGGCAACAUGGUAAUUCUUUCCCUGAAUCUCGUCUUUUGUUGCGACCUAAAAAGUGUCAAUACUGUAAGUAUUGUACUUUGAUUAUAACGUGCACCGUAGUUGUAGUUUUCAUUAACAGAUUUGGAGGGGUUUAAAUCGCCAAGUAAAAUCGCUAAUGCUAAUUCUUAGCAUGUCAAUAGCAGAGCUAAUGUAUAUUAGCAUCAGGCUAACACAUUUUUUGGGGAAAAGUGGAGCCUGACUUUACUUAGGUUGGAGUGGGUUUUUUUGAGUCGGUUUCUUUGUUGGCAUUGAAAAUUGCAACAUUUGGCCGAGUGAUCGCCAAAACGUGAGGAGCUGGCAAAGUCCGGUCCUUCCCAUUUUGGGGUUUUACGGGAAUCGG